UGGCUGAGGCGGCUCAGAGUCUUGGGCCGGGUGGGCGUCCCACACGACGGGGAGAAGGACGGGCCAUCUCUCCGCGCGUUUGUUCCGACCCUUGAUCCCCGUCGUGGGACGGGCGGCCCUGCGCGGAGCUGUCCGCCGGGGCUACGCUCUUUCCCAGGCAUUCGCGCCCGCCCUCCGUCCUCGGGGGCCCCGGAGGCGGCCUCCUGAGCCUUGCGCGGGUUUUUACACGGGGAGGCUGGGGCUCGGAGGCGACAGUCAGCCCGACGGCACCCGGCCCAGUGGAGGUGGGGUGUUUCGGCUGAGGCCGCCGGGCCCGCCCCGUUCGCCCGCUUCUCGCGGCCCCGUUCUGCUCACAGGAUCCCAUGGCGGCCGCGGCGCUGAUGGACCGGGCUCGGGGCUGUGUGACCUUUGAGGAUGUGUUCGUGUACUUCUCCCGGGAGGAGUGGGAGCUCCUUGAGGAGGCUCAGAGACUCCUGUACCGUGAUGUGAUGCUGGAGAACUUCGCACUUGUGGCCUCACUUGGUUCUUGGUGUGAAGCUGACAGUGAGGAGGCCCCUUCUGAGCAGAGUGUUUCUGUAGCAGUGUUGCCGGUCAGGACUCCAACAUCAGGUUUGUUUAUCGAGAAAGCCCACCCGUGGGAGAUGUGUGACCUACUCUUGAAAGACAUUUUGCACCUGCCUCAACACCAGGAAUCACACCCCACACAGAAACUGCUUGCACGUGGCCCAUGUGGGAGAGGAUUCUUGUUCAGUCCAAACUUUGACCAGCACCAUAGUCGAUAUAGUAGGGAGAAUCCCUUCAGAGAGGAUGAUGGUGGGGCCUCAUUUGUGAAGAGCUGUGCAGUCCGUGUGUUAGGGAGACCCUUUACUUGCUGGGAGGAAGUGAUGGACUUGCCGGACAACUCUGGCCUCUUCCAGCACCAGACCACUCACAGUGGGAUGAGUCCAUACAAAAGGACUGGGUUCAUGGAGUCUCUCCCACACAGCUCCAGUCUCGGGCGACACCAGGGAGACCAUGAUGACCUGAUGCUUUUCAAUUGCAGUGACAAUGGGAAAGCCUUCCAGAACACGUUCACUCUCCUCAACAACCAGAUAACUCACACUGAAGUGAUACCCUUUAAAUGCCUACCACGUGGAAAUAUGUCCAAGGAGAAAUCAGCUCUUCCUCAUCACAGAAAAAUUCACAGUGGAGAAACAUCACAUAUGUGUAAGGAGUGUGGAAAGGCCUUCAUUCACCUGUCCCACCUAAAAAUGCACCAGAAAUUUCACACUGGAAAAAGACAUUAUACAUGCAGCGAAUGUGGGAAGGGCUUCAGUCGGAAAGACACACUUGUUCAGCACCAGAAAGUUCACACUGGAGAAAGGUCAUAUGACUGCAGCGAAUGUGGAAAAGCCUACAGUAGAAGCUCCCACCUUGUUCAGCACCAGAGAAUUCACACCGGGGAAAGGCCUUAUAAGUGCAGUGAAUGUGGAAAAGCUUUCAGCCGUAAAGACACACUUGUUCAGCACCAGAGAUUUCAUACUGGAGAAAGACCUUACGAGUGCAGUGAAUGUGGGAAAUUUUUUAGCCAAAGCUCCCACCUUAUUGAGCACUGGAGAAUUCACACUGGUGCAAGGCCUUAUGAAUGCAUUGAAUGUGGGAAAUUCUUUAGCCAUAACUCCAGCCUUAUUAAACAUCGGAGAGUCCACACAGGAGCAAGGUCUUAUGUGUGCGGCAAAUGUGGGAAGGCUUUCAGCUGCAAAGACACACUUGUUCAGCACCAGAUAAUACACACUGGAGCAAGGCCUUAUGAGUGCAGCGAAUGUGGGAAGGCCUUCAGCCGUAAAGACACACUUGUGCAGCACCAGAAAAUCCACACUGGGGAAAGGCCGUAUGAGUGUGGUGAAUGUGGGAAAUUCUUUAGCCAUAGCUCCAACCUGAUUGUACACCAGAGAAUUCACACUGGAGCAAAGCCUUAUGAAUGCAGCGAAUGUGGGAAAUGCUUUAGCCACAACUCCAGCCUCAUUCUACACCAGAGAGUUCACACUGGAGCAAGGCCUUAUGUGUGCAGUGAAUGUGGAAAAGCUUACAUUAGUAGCUCCCACCUUGUUCAACAUAAGAAAGUUCACACUGGAGCCAGACCUUAUGAGUGCAGUGAAUGUGGGAAAUUCUUUAGCCGCAAUUCUAGCCUCAUUCUACACCAGAGAGUUCACACUGGAGAAAAGCCAUAUGUGUGCAGUGAAUGUGGGAAAGCCUACAGCAGAAGCUCCCAUCUUGUUCGGCACCAGAAAGUUCACACUGGAGAAAGGCCUCAUGAAUGCAACAGUUUUGGCAGCCCUUUAGCUCUUAAACUUGUUUAGCACCAGAAAGUUCACACUAGCAAAAGGCUGUAUGAGUACAGAAAAUGUGCUGUGUCCUUGUUCAACCUAAUAGGACUCACACCAGAGAAGAGCUCUGUGAGUACCCUUCGUGAGGGAGCCAUCAGCCAGUAGGUGAAUCUUGUACAUUCAUAAUCCACCCUGGGGAGAUUCCCAAUAAGUACCACAUAGGUGGGAAGCUUUCCUGAGGUGUGUUGCACUUCCUAAACUGUUUGGGGCUCUUGACAGUGUUAUAUCUCUAUCAGUGCCUGUGGCAGAAGCCAACUCAUUGCCUCAGCUUUCAGGAUGGCACAGUGUGUGUUAAUCAGUCCAAUAUGCUCAGGGAAGGCAGACCCCUGUGCCCUCUCUCCUAGUCCCUGGAGGAAUCGUGUUUGGAGCCCAUUGACAGGCCUCAUUUCUGCCCCCAUGGCUGGGUUCUGAGUGAACCUGAUCUUGCUCUGGCCAAAAGGAUCUGAGCUGGAGUCUGCCAGGGAUUUCCAGACCAGAUUUCCCUUCUUUCUGGACAUUGUUGACUGUAAACCUGAGAGCUGUGCUUUCACAUGCUUUUCACUCAGCUUUGGAACUGCCUGCUCUACUCUGCUCUGGUUUGUACAGUGAUAAAGGCUUGUUGUGGCAGUCUUUACUCUUGGGAGGGGUCUGUUCACUGUGUGGAAUGGGUUGAGAAAAGAAUUACUUUCUACCAACAUGUGGGGAGGAACUCUUUUUGUCUACACCAACUUGAUGUGCCCCAGAGGGGAUAGCUGGAUGGCAGAGAGCAGAUCUCAGUUUGGUUUGGCCUAAUUUGCAUUGUUGUCCAAGUCUUGCUGGAAAAGGCUGAAGAGCUUUGUGUGCCUCCUCAUGUGGCCUGAAAGUCAGGAUUUCCUGUGAGCCCAGAGGUCAUUCUGAGAUGGGUGUAGUUGAUCUGAAACUCUCCCGUGCUUCUGGAAGCAACAUGAAUUGGGUCCCUUGUUCCUAGAGAAUGUCCCAUAUUCCCCUGCACGUUUGAGAGAUUUCUGUUUCCUGAACCAUACAGGAGCCAGUCCCUGAUGUCCAGAAUCCCAUGGGCAAGUGCCAUGGACUGAAAGGCCUGCACGGCAAGUUGGGAAUCAUACUUGGUUCAGAAACACUGAGGUAGUGGAGUGGGGAUGGCUGUGGCAAAUGAGAGGAGAUGUAUCUGUUCUAAAGGAGGCAUCUGCAAAUGUCCAUGAGAUUAUGGCUGUGUGGUUUGAGUGUGUACAGUAAUUCUCAGGACCUUCAGACAUCUGUAUCUCCUGUGGCCAAGGCCACUGUCAGAGUAAAGAAUCUAAAGGUUUGUGGAUUCCUGUAGCUCCAUGGGCUGUUGAUAUUCUGGCCAUCACUGCACAGGCAGGAACCCCAGCACUGACAGAAGAGAGAUCCAAGGGUAGGGCUUCUCUGACCCAGCCAGCAUUCUUCGUGACUCAAGUGGACAUGGACUUCAUUGCUCUCCAGUUUUUGCCGACGUUGAGGUAGGGCUCACUCUCCUAAAUUGUGGGGAGAGGGAUAUGGUAGAGCCAAAAUAGUUGGCAGCUGUGACUUUCCAAGAGGGAUAGUAAAUAUGGAUUUUUAUGAGGAGCAUUUAGUUAUUAACAGCUUUAUUGAGCUGUUUGACAUGAAAUAAACUGCACAUAUAUAAAUUGUAAAAUGUGUUGUGUUUCAGCAUGUGUAUAUCCCUGUGAAACCAUCACCACAAUCAAGAUAAUGAUUGUAUCCAACAAAACCAAAAGAUUCCUGUGUCCCCAUAAAAUCCUUUCCUCCCAGUCCUUCUCACCCCCUUUCCAACAAUUCACAAGUUAACAGCAAGCAUUUUCUAGAAUUUUAUAUAAACAGAAUCAUAUGGUAUAUACUUUCUGGGGAGUGGGGACUCUGCCCUUUUUCACUAACCAUAACUAUUUUGAGGUUAAUCCAUCUUGUUGCAUAUAUGAAGAGUUUGUUCAUUUGUAUUGUUGAGUAGUAGUCCAUUGUAUGGAUAUACCACAGUUGUUUUUUAUCCAUUUAGCUAUUAAUGGAUGUUUGGAUUUUUUGCAGUUUUUUGGCUGUUACAAAUAAAGCUGCUGUGAAGAUA